GCGUGGGUGUGGGUGCGGGCGAGGAAGGUGCCCGGCGCUCGCUCAUGCCCCCGGGAGAAGCGAGUGACACCCGUGUCUCGCCACGUGCGUGGGCUUCGCGUUUGUGACCGCUUUUCAAGCGCCUCCGAAUAAAAGUUAAAACCAGCCAAGCAAAAAGUCCUGCUGAUGGUACUCCAAGACGACCUGUUUUACCUGUCAGCGCAAGAAAAAUUAAAGAUAAUGCAGCAGACUGGCAUAAUUUAAUGAUGAAAUGGGAGAGACUGAAUGAUAAUGGAUUUACUGUCGCAAACAAAAUAGUCAACAUGAAGAUCAGUGAGCAAUUUCCAGACAACAAAUGGGAGAUAGCAUGUGAUAACGGUGCCACAGAAUCUGAAAAGCCAACUCCAAAAUACAAUGAAGAACUGGACAAUUGCUGUGUGGAAUUACUUGAGACCUUAAAGCAUAUGACAAAAAUACAACUGAAAAUGGAAAAGCUUACUUUGACUACUAAAGCAAUCUGUGACUUGGAAACAUUCCACCAUGGAGCUGGGAGUUGCGCAGCACCUUUCUUUCAUACAUGGCCCACACCAUACUUCUAUGAGGUUUCUUUGAAGCUCUCUGAAAUGUACAAGAAGGAACUACAACUCAAGCAAACAAUUGUACAAGAAAUUGCUCAUUCUGCUGACCAGGAUCUGAUGAUGGUCUAUUUAUCAUCAUGGUUAUAUCAGCCUUACAUUGAGAACAGCAGCAAACUACUACUUGAAGCCAUGCUGCUGGAAACAGGACAUAGACAGUGCUAGAAGUUCAAAUGUUACAUGGCUUGCUUCUAAUGAUGCUUACAUGAAACUGAAAUGGCAAAUCGCAACUUACCAAGUGAGUUGAAUUUUUGUAAAACAUUAAAAAUAUUUUUCUCUA